ACUGAACCUCUCUCAAACUCUCAGACAGAUCGAUCAUUUGAAUUCGAAGCUUCUCAAUUCACACGAGAAAAUGCACACCCUAAAUGGAGUCAUGAUAGCCCGGAUGCUGCUGGUCCGGAAUUCGGGUCUCGAAAGCGAGGCCAUACCCUUCGGCGAUCUCUGGUGGUUCAUCUACGCCGGACUCUCCUGCUUCCUCGUCCUCUUCGCCGGAAUUAUGUCCGGUUUAACGUUGGGACUCAUGUCCCUCGGCCUCGUCGACCUCGAGAUUCUCCAGCGGAGUGGUACUCCCACUGAGAAGAAACAAGCGGCGGCUAUACUUCCGGUGGUUCAGAAGCAGCAUCAGCUGCUUGUCACUUUGCUUCUGUGUAAUGCUGGAGCUAUGGAAGCGCUUCCUAUAUAUUUGGACAAGAUAUUCAAUGAGUAUGUUGCUAUUAUUCUGUCUGUCACAUUUGUGCUGUUUUUCGGAGAGGUUAUUCCACAAGCAAUAUGCACUAGAUACGGACUGGCUGUAGGUUCCAACUUGGUUUGGCUUGUCCGUGGUUUGAUGUUUAUUUGCUUCCCAAUUGCUUAUCCUAUAGGAAAGGUCUUGGAUUGUGUUCUGGGACAUAAUGAAGCAUUAUUUAGGCGAGCUCAGCUAAAAGCCCUUGUUUCCAUCCACAGCAAGGAGGAGGGCAAAGGUGGUGAACUUACACAUGAUGAAACAACAAUAAUUAGUGGAGCACUGGACUUGACCGAAAAGACUGCUGAGGAGGCUAUGACGCCUAUUGAAUCAACCUUUUCCUUAGAUGUCAAUUCAAAGUUGGACUGGGAGGCAAUGGGGAAAGUUCUUGCUCGGGGCCAUAGUCGAGUUCCUGUCUAUUCUGGGAAUCCAAGGAAUAUUAUUGGACUUCUCUUGGUGAAAAGUCUCCUUACUGUACGGCCUGAAACUGAGACCCCAGUCAGUGCUGUUUCCAUCCGUAGAAUCCCAAGAGUUCCUGCCGAUAUGCCACUGUAUGAUAUAUUGAAUGAGUUUCAAAAGGGCAGCAGUCAUAUGGCUGCUGUGGUAAAAGCCAGAGGGAAAAUUAAGGCUCAUCCACCAGCAAUUGAGGGAGAAAAAGAUGAAGGUAGAAAAAUUGGUGGCAUGGAUACCGAACUGACUACUCCAUUGCUAUCCAAGCAGGAUGGAAAGUCAGAUCAUGUUGUUGUUGACAUACCCAAGAUACCAAAGCCCACUAAUAUGAAAAAGGAAGUUCUUUUACACCAUAAUGUUGGAGAAACAAAUGGACCCCAUUUGUCAGAGGAUAUUGAAGAUGGUGAAGUCAUUGGUAUCAUCACGCUGGAAGAUGUAUUCGAAGAACUCCUGCAGGAGGAGAUUGUUGAUGAAACAGAUGAGUAUGUUGAUGUACAUAAAAGAAUACACGUUGCUGCAGCUGCAGCUGCUUCAUCAGUUGCUCGAGCUCCAUCACUGCGGAGGUUAAAUGUCAACAAGGGACCAGGGAUUGAACAUCACAAACCAGCCAUAUCCAGUGGAGCCCAAGCUAAGCAAGUAACCCCGAAGAAAUCUACAGAGCAUGGAACUCUCGCGGAUGGAAAUAAGAGAUGAUUAAUCUAAUUCAUUUCUUGUAUUCUGAUCCCAAGUAGCGGCUUUGCCUGCAUCCAGAGAAAAUGGGUCCUUUUCUGUUAUCUCUGGCACUGGAAGUUAGAGAUAUCUGGGAUUCAGAUAGAGAUGCUCAGCAGUUAGAGUAUGAUCAAUCAUUCGGUAACUUGCUCAGCAGUUGCGCUUAUUUGUUAUUUCAAACUCGUUUUGGUUUACUUACAUGUUAGGUCUGAGGUGCCUCUUAAGCUGGCACUAUCUUUUUGUUGUUGAAAGAUUGUAUCUGGAGAUUAGUCAAUAAGUUCUGUUAUCCAAGAGUUCAUAAUAUACAAGGUCCCAAGUCAAGGACCUUUUUGUGUAUAUCCUAGUCUUAGAAGUUAGAACUGUUUAAGCUAGGGCUCAUUACAAGUUACUCGGUUACUCUUUUUCCAGCAUACUAUACAAUGUGCCUGUACAUAAUUUUCUUAUUUUUACCAAGUGUAACCGUUGCUGUUGUUAAAGACAGCU